AUGGCCGCAGGGAGAGCGGCGGGGCUGCUCAGCGGCCUGCCGCCGCCCCACCACUGCCGCCCAUUGUGUCCCGGCCGCCCCCGGCAGCAGCAGCAACAGCUGCCGCGGCGCCGCCUCCGCCCGCCGGAAAUGGGCCUGCGCCGGGCGGCCGCGGCCGGGGAGGGGCGGGAGCUGCGCAGGGCGGCGGCAACCCUUCAGCAGCGCCCUGGCCGCCGUCAGCGCCGAGCCGCCGCCGCCGUCGUCAUGGCCCUGCGGGCGCUGUGGCUCCUCAAGCACGACCCCGCCGCCGUGCUCUUCUCCAGCUUCUGUCGAGAUUUUACCUGUUUCUUCUUACAUGGAAAAAGGACAAGACGUUACCCCACCGUUGAAAUACGCGCCGAGACGUUCAAUGCGUCAACACAUGUGCCUGUACCAUCUGACAGCGCUUUUCUUAAAGCCUUACUUUUUGAACUGAGGUUUGUAGAUGACCAUAUUUUUGUGGAGCAUCGAGACACUUGUACUCGAAUCAAUCAUUCAUCGGUAUAUUCAGUUCGCACCGAAGGAGGGGAUCUCUGGCCUGUGCUUGCUUUUCAGAAGAGUGGACUGAUAUAUGCAUGUCUUCCACUGGUUGAGGAGACCUUGGAGCCACGGCCACCCCUCCUUACUGUUAGCGGGCUCUCUCAAGGACUCGCUCUUUUGUUAGGCAUUGUGGACUACAUCUCUCCAAGUCGGAAAAAUGAAGCGGAGAUGACUGCGAAAAUCGGCCAGCUUCGAAAUCUGCUUAUACAGGCCUGUCCGCUUGGCACCCCCUUAAACACAAAUAUACGCAGCUUGAACAGCUCAUUUGAUGACAUUCAGGAAAUGCCUACAGAUGAGAAUCAGCCGGCUUGGAGAUCCAACACAUACAAAGGCAAACCUCAGGUUAAUGUCUGUAUCACUGAAAAAGUCAAGUGUAUGCAGUAUGACAAAAGAGAUGUUGUGGACAUGUGGCAAGUUUAUGGAGCCGUAAAUUGCAAGUGUGACAUAGAGGGAUCUGCACCAAACGUAACCCUUAGUCUGAAUCUCCCGACUAACGGUCCUCCGCUCCAAGAUAUCGUGGUCCAUCAUUGCGUGACUUCUGUUGACCCUGCCAUGCUGAUGUCCAGUAGUGCUGAGCCACUGGAUGAUUCUGUGUACAGCGGACCUUACAAAUUUCCUUUCAUUCCUCCUUCAGAUUCAUUCAACUUGUGUUACUACACUUCCCAGGUUCCUGUUCCACCAAUUUUGGGAUGUUACCAACUCAUUGAAGAGGGAUCACAGUUAAAAAUAACAGUUAAUUUAAAGCUUCAUGAAAGCAUAAAGAAUUCUUUUGAGUACUGUGAAGCUCGUAUACCUUUUUUCAACAGGGGCCCAAUCGCUCAAUUAGAGUACAAAGUUAGUUAUGGCCAACUGGAUUUGUCACGAGAGAAGAGCCUACUAGUUUGGAUAAUUGGACAGAAGUUCCCUAAAUCUUUGGAAGUUUACCUGACUGGAACCGUGUCUUUUGGCACUGCAGGCAAAGAGCACCCGACUGAUUAUGUUUGCACUGGGAACACUGCGUAUGUAAAACUGUAUUUUAGGAUCCCAGACUUCACACUUACUGGAUGUUAUGUAGACCAGCAUUCUAUUCAGAUCUUUGCACCAGGAAAACCCAAAAUUACUGCAUCCGGGGAACUGAUUUCUUCUGAUUACUACAUCUGGAAUUCCAAAGCACCAGCACCUAUGCUGUACAAAACGUUAUUAGACUAAUUUGCUUAUGAAUGAUUUUUGUAUUUGAACAAAACAGACAGCUAAUGAGAGUAAUGUGAAUAUAAUGUGGAAUACAGUGAAAAUAAAUACUUUCUAGCACUUCUACUUCGUAUGUUCGCGUAAAAAUUUCUGUUGAAGAAAAACAAAAGAAGUCACUUCUCUUAAAAACCUAAGUUGGUUUUAAAUUGUUUAGUCCUGGAUAAGAGCUUAGAGAAGUCAAUUUGAAAUGUACUUGCUGUGGCUGUUUUUACUUUCCCUUCUAACAUUAACUGGUACAAAAUUAGUGCCUAGUGAUACAGGUAGAGACGGGUACAAUUGGGCAUGUCUUCCGGGAGAAUUCCCAGUUACUUCACUGGUUCUGUAAACUAAAGAGCUCACGGGAUGCAAAAGCUUUCAGGGUCUUCUUCCUGUCAUGAAGUCACCGGAAUCUGAUUAGACCCCAGAUUAACAGGACAGUUAAAAGCAAGAGUUCUGUUCUUUUCACGAGAUGUGUACAGAAUACAUACGAGUCAGUAAUUCACAAGAAUUUCAAGAGAGGGAGUAUGGCGUGAGCGGCGCUUCUAAAAGUGGAGAUGAUACAGGGGUCCGUAUUGCCCCGUCAGCAGAAGUGGCGAGUUCCCUUCCAUAUGUGCCUGUGAACUGCGUUGCGCUGAAAACUAGCAUUAGUGAGGACCCAGUGCUGUGAAGCUGCUUUUCCAAAUCACAAGACUAGCCCUGAGCAGGCAAAACCAGCUAAGUUUGCUGGAGGUUCCAAAACCCAUCACUGAUCUCUGGAAAAAAUAGACAGAAAAGAAAAGGACUGAGUUAACAGAGGCAGACCUCUAAUUUUGAGAAAAAAAAAUGGUAUCUGCAGGAACACAGGAAAUGGACUUUAAGAGAGUUAUCAGGAAAUGAGCAAAUUCUGAAAGGCUGGUGAAAAACUGAGAGAACCUGGAGAGCAGCACAAAAGAAGAGAAGAAUGCCGUCUAAUAACCGAGCGUGCCGGCUGCUCCUGCCGUACCUCUUGUUUAACUGUACGCUGUGUGAUAAAUAAGAUUAGUGAUUAUGUAAGGAGAAAAGUUUUAUGCUAUAAUUUAAAAAAUGCUUAGAUUGAGAUAGUAAUCUAAUUGGUUGGUUAAAUGUUCUAAAGGGUGGAUUAAUUCAUGUGAAACAUGCCGUUCAGCUGAAACUGCCAUGCAAACUUUGAAAACAGAGGCAUGCUACGAUCCAUUACAGACAGGUGAUGUGUCCUUUGUGAUUAGCAGGCAAAAGGUGAAUUAAUGAUCUUG